AUGGCGUCUCCUUACAAACUACUCGUGUUCGGGGACUUGAAUUAUGAUUUUGAAUCUAGCUUGGCAGUCCUCUGUGAAUUGCAAGAUAACGCACAGCUCACAUCGUUUUUUGAGCGAACGGCGUUUGCCUUGCGAGCCCGUAUAGGCAGUCUUCCUCUAGCGAAACGGGCUUCAUUUCCUAAAUUCACUACUUUGAGUGAGCUCCUCGCCAAAGUACGAAGUACUGAUAUUGUGCAUCCGGCUCUCCAGAAGGCCCUUAUAUUGGUGCUGCAGUUCGGUUUCUUUAUACGGUAUGCAUGCAGUCCUGAGCCAGGGCACGUAUACCCUACCAAUGCCGACACUUGCUUGACAGGCCUAUGCACCGGCCUUCUGACGGCGGUUACAGUCAGUUGCUGUUCUUCCCUGUCCGAAUUGGUCCCAGCCGCUGUCGAUUCUGUGGUCUUGGCUUUCCGAGUUGGUCUGCUUGUCGAGGAUGUUCGGAUGGGUGUUGAACCGUCAGUCAGCAAACGAGAUAGUUGGUAUUGUUUCGCAUUAUCCCUAGAAAGAAAAAGAGCUUUAAAAGUAGUGGCUGACAAAAUUGAUCUGCAGGGUAUCCCACUGGCGUCGACCCCAUAUAUCAGUGCAUACGCUCACAAUGGACUAACUCUCUCCGGGCCAUCUCGUGUGCUGGAGGAUAUUCUAUCAUCUGAAUAUUUGACCCAUUCGUAUCGUUUGAAGUCACGAAUUUACACCCCCUUUCAUGCUCCGCAUCUUUAUGAUGAGUCUAAUGUCGAGGAGAUAUUGCAAGCUAUCCCCGCGGACCGCAUCGAGUCCCAGUCCAGCCGAAUUUCUGUUUGGACUAGCCGUGGUCAUAUAUCUCCUGGCACUGGUAUGGCCUCGUUACUGCGUGUUGCUCUGGAGGAGAUUCUCUUACACCCCCUUCGUCUUGACAAUAUUCUGGAAGGUGUGACCAAGGGGAUACUUAACACAGGAACGGAAACAUGCAAGAUUGUACCUGUUGCUACUCCAGCCAUCCAGAAUUUCUUGACUGCCUUCAGAAAGGCUGGCAUCCAAGAUGUGGUGGUAGAUAGCUCCAUGAAUGGACCCUGUGCACCCGAGAUUUCUAUGGUGUCCGAAAGUGGGAAUCUGGGGAACUCUAAACUUGCCAUCGUGGGCUACUCAGGUCGAUACCCCGGUGCCAAUAGCAACGAAGCUUUCUGGCAGCUCCUUGAAGAAGCCCGUGACAUGGCUAGUAUUACACCCAAGCAGCGAUGGGACGUCAAUACGCACGUUGAUCCCACCCUGAAGAAAAAGAACACCAGUGCUACCCCUUUUGGAUGUUGGUUGACCGACCCCGGCCUGUUUGAUGCCAAGUUCUUUGGAAUGAGCCCCCGCGAAGCACCUCAGGUUGACCCAGCCCAGCGUUUAAGUUUAAUGACUUGCUAUGAGGCAAUGGAGAACGCAGGCAUGGUGUCUGAUGCAACACCUUCAACCCAGCGUGACCGAGUUGGUGUGUUCAUCGGUAGCACCAGUAAUGACUGGGGCGAGACCAACAGUUCCCAAGAUGUCGAUACCUACUAUAUUCCUGGAUCAUGCCGUGCUUUCAUUCCAGGCCGCCAAAACUACUUCUAUAAGUUCAGCGGUCCUAGCUACAGCGUCGACACGGCGUGCUCGUCGAGCUUGGCAGCCCUGCAUCUCGCGUGUAAUGCACUGUGGCGUGGAGAUAUUGAUACAGCUAUUAGCGGCGGGACGAAUGUCAUGACCAAUCCUGAUAUCACAGCCGGUCUCGAUCGCGGAUAUUUUCUUUCGCGGACUGGCAACUGCAAGACUUUCGAUGAUGAUGCUGACGGGUAUUGCCGAGGCGAAGGCGUGGUCAGCAUGGUCAUUAAGCGCCUGGAAGACGCCAUUGCCGAUAACGAUCCCAUCCGCGCCGUCAUACUAGGUGCAUACACCAACCACUCUGCCGAGGCUGAGAGCAUCACUCGCCCACAUGUGGGGGCUCAAAAAGCAAUUUUUGAGCGCAUAUUGACUACCGCAUCGGUUGAUCCAGCGACUGUCAGCUACAUCGAGAUGCAUGGAACUGGCACUCAGGCUGGGGACGCGCGUGAAAUGGACUCGGUGCUUUCCACCUUUGCUAACCAGCCUCGUCGGAAUCCGAUACAUCUGGGGUCGGUGAAGGCCAAUGUCGGCCAUGGUGAAUCUGUCUCUGGAAUCAUUGCCCUAACAAAGGUCUUGAUGAUGAUGGAAAAAAAUGUGAUUCCGCCACACUGUGGCAUCAAAACCAGAAUAAACCACAAGUUUCCUACCGAUUUGGCGGAGCGGAAUGUCUUCAUUGCUGAUAAACUCACUCCCUGGGUAGGCAGUAAAGAUCAGCCGCGACGCGCGAUGGUGAAUAAUUUCUCGGCUGCAGGAGGAAAUAGUUCGAUUCUGGUCGAGGAUGUGCCCAGCUGGAUCAAGUCAAAAUGUGCUGAGGAUGAUCCCCGAUCAUUCCAUCCCGUUGCUGUGUCGGCAAAGACCCAGAAAGCUCUUCUUGCUGGCAUUCAGGGUCUCAUCUCUUACAUUGGAAGCGAGAGCCCCUCUCUUCCAAGCUUGAGCUACACCACGACUGCUAGAAGAGCACACCAUCGCUACCGGGUCAUGGUCAGUGGAGACAAUCUAAAGGAGAUUUCCGCUCAACUUGAGAAAUGCCUCGUUGCGCCUGAAGACCUACCGGGACCAAAGUUUACCUCAUCGGUAAUUUUUGCCUUCACAGGGCAAGGCGCACAGUAUCCGGGUAUGGCCCGAGAGCUUCUUACUCUUCGGACAUUCCGCACCGAUAUGGAACGGUUUGACCGUAUCGCGCAGAAGCAAGGCUUUCCGCCAAUCAUGCCUCUCAUCAAAGCUACCAGCGGCGAGAUAACCGACUUCGAGCCCCUAGUCGUGCAACUGGCUACGACUUGCUCCCAGAUGGCAAUGGCUAAGCUCUGGCGCUCCUGGGGAAUCGAGCCAGCUGCAGUUGUUGGCCACAGCCUGGGCGAGUAUGCAGCCUUGAACGUCGCCGGUGUUUUGUCGGAGGUGGACACAAUAUAUUUGACUGGCAGAAGGGCACAACUUCUUCAGGAGGAAUGCUCCCGUGAUACACAUAGCAUGCUUGCAGUGGGCAUUUCUGUUGACGAAAUCAACACUCUCCUGGCAGGCGUGAAGGUCGACAUUGCCUGUAAGAAUGCUCCGACUGAGACAGUUCUGAGCGGCACGAGUGUCGCCAUAGAUCAAGCCGAGAAAGUACUCCACCAAGCGAGUAUCAAGAAGAUGACCAGGCUUCGCGUUCCUUACGCGUUCCAUUCAACCCAAGUUGACCCAAUUUUGAAUCCAUUUGAAACGGUGGCGGCUGGUGUGCAAUUCCAUAAACCCCAGAUACCUCUGCUAAGCCCCUUGCUUGGCCACGCUAUCACGACGGAAGGCAUAGUCAACCCGCGUUACCUUGGUCGUCAUGCUCGUGAGACUGUUAACUUCUCGAAGGCCCUUCAAGAUGCCAAGCUGAACAGACUUGUCACCGAAAAAUCAGUCUGGAUCGAAAUUGGUCCCCAUCCUGUCGUCGUGGGUUUGGUCAAGGCCAACCUGGGAUCCGUCGCAGUCCUACCUACCCUUCAACGCAAGAAAGAUACAUGGAAAACCUUGACUAGCACACUCACUUCACUCUACCUAUCCGGUUGCACCGUUCAAUGGAGUGAGUAUCAUAGAGACUUUAUCAAGUCCUUGGAAGUGCUUCAGCUGCCGAACUACAAUUGGGAUCUCACAAAUUAUUGGAUGCAGUAUGUCAACGACUGGUCGCUGUACAAGGGUGAUGCUGCUUUCUUAUCAGGAGCAAAAGAACCCCCAUUGUCUACGACAUGUGUGCAUCGCGUGAUUGAGGAGAAUCAUGACAGUGCUGAGAUCACGGUCGUUGGUGAAUCAGAUCUCCUACGGGAUGAUCUCGAUCCCUUUGUGCGUGGACAUCGCGUCAAUGGUGUCGCUCUGUGUACACCCUCAGUUUAUGCUGAGAUGGCACUGGUCCUUGGUGACUACAUUCGCAUUUCAAGCCCUAGAUGGGCUGAAUGCUUGGUUGAUGUUCAGCAUAUGGACGUGCAAAAGCCACUGGCGGUCAAGAGCAAGGGAAAAGGCCCCCAGCUUCUCCGAUGCCGAGUUACUCUGGACAUCGCUACUGAGAAGGCAUUGGUGCAAUUCUACAGUGUCACUCCUGAGGGGAAGACUUUGGUCAAGCAUGCAGAAUGUUCAAUCACAUUCCCUUCCGCUGCCGACGCCGAGGCUGAAGCUCAGGCUUCUGCAGGGGAGAUACUAAAACAGAUGGUUGAGCUUCGUCAAAGCAUUGAGGAUAACGACCGAGUGCAAAAGUUGGCCGGUAGCACUGGAUACCAACUUGUUUCCUCUCUGGCAUCUUAUGAUGCUGACUACAAGGGAGUCACAGAAGUAGUAAUGGAUAGCGAGAAUCUCGAAGCGGUUGCGAAGGUCAAGUGCAACACUACAACUGCCGUUGAAACCAAAGUUGACGGUAAAUAUAAGGUCAAUCCUUACCUGAUCGACAAUUUUGGACAGCCCGCACUUUUCAUCAUGAAUGCUAAUGACCAUGCCGACCUUGACAAAGAGGUGUUUGUGAACCAUGGAUGGACCUCGCUUCACUUCUACAGAGAGGUGUCGGUCGAGAAGGUCUAUCAUUCCUACGUGAAAAUGACUGGUCCUAAGGAGGACGGAAUGUACAGUGGUGACAUGACUGUUUUCGAAGGUGAUGAGGUGGUUGCCUGCUUCCGCGGUAUCAAGGCACAAGGUGUUCCUCGCAGACUAAUGGAUUACAUCGUUCGUAUGAGGGACGAUGCCCAGAUUGGGUUGCCUGGACCUACCAACAAUUUGCGCGCGGCUAAUGGCACCACCCAAACCGGGGCCGCUGAAGCAGCAGUACAGCCUCGGAAUGAGCUCGUCGAGGAGACUAGCACCUCAUCUUGGCCUCUUGCCCUCAAAAUAAUAUCGGAGGAGAGCGGUGUCCCAGUGGCUGACUUGACAAAUGACAAGGCUUUUGCUGAUUUGGGGGUGGACUCGCUUCUUUCUCUUCUUUGCGCGAGUCGAUUCAGAGAGGAACUUGGACUCGCUCAUGAAUCCACUAUUUUCGAAAGUUACUCCACAGUGGGUGAGCUUCGCGAUUUCUGGAAGCAAGGAACAACCUCGGGGGAUCCAUCCGAUGUGACGGGCAAAGAUGCUAUUCUCAACUCUAUGUUCCAUCAUGACAACGUCCAGGAGGAUUCCUCAUCUUCGCCUAGCACGCCAUCUGAAUCGGACUCAAUCGAGGUUAACAUUCCCACUCCAUUGAGUGAAGUGCCGAGUUUCCUUGGAAAGUUCAAUGCUACAGCCACCUCUCUAUUGUUGCAGGGGAAUCCUGCUUCAUCCAUCACCAGCAAGACGCUUUUCCUCCUCCCGGAUGGCUCGGGGUCAGCGUCAUCGUACGGAUCACUCCCAGUUAUCGAUCCAUCCCUUGCAGUUGUUGCUCUUAACUGCCCAUACAUGAAGGGGCCAUCAUCGUACCCAGUCGGCAUCGACCAUGUUACCAGUCUCUACAUCAAGGAAAUCAAGCGUCGUCAGCCUUUCGGUCCCUAUGCUUUAGGCGGCUGGUCAGUCGGUGGUAUUUUUGCUUAUCAUUGCGCUCAGCUGCUAGCUGAGGAGGGCGAAGUCAUCUCCGAUCUCGUCUUACUCGACUGUCCAGUUCCACGUGGCUUGGAUCAUCUCCCGAAGAGAUACUUCGACUAUUGCGAGGAAAUUGGACUUCUUGGAGUCGUGCAUUCCGGAACUGGUGAGCGCAAGGCUCCACCUUCGUGGUUGGUCCCACAUUUUGAGGCUUGCAUCAACAGUCUCCACGAUUAUCAUGCUUCUCCAUUCGAGCCAGUGCAAUCCGCGCCCAUCACACAUGUCAUUUGGGCUUGUAACUCAAUUGACGCUCAUGUGGACAACAAGUUCGAGCAUCGCGAUGAUGAUCCAGAGGGUCUUAAGUUUUUGACAGUGGCUCGACAAGAUUACGGACCCUGUGGAUGGGAGACGCUAUUACCAGAACCCAAGAUGCGCUUUGCACGGGUUCGUGGUGCCAAUCAUUUCUCAAUGAUGAAGGGAGAUUUGGCAGCAAACCUAAGCGAGUUGAUUAAACAUGCCCUUGUGGAGUAG